UGUAUUCGAAUAUAAAAUCUUUUCGGUGGGGGUAAAAGAAACUGUCAAAUAUUAUUAAAAAAGAAGAAUGACAUUACUUUUGUUGAAGAAAAAAUUACUGUCGGCAAAGAGAAUUAUAAUUUAUAAAUCGGAACAAAAGGGGCUCCCGGGAGCACAUGCAUUAAGAACAAGGAAAUUGGGCCAUAAAAAGACACGUAGGCAAGAAUAUUUCGACGUUAGAUGUUAACAAUGGGUUAGUUGCUGACAAUUUGAAACAUAUUGCCGAGGAUAUCCAAGAAAAGAAUAUAACUAUGACAACAACAACACCUAGGAUAGUUUAUCUAAAUACAGACAACAUAAAAUAUAAUACAGAUGCUACAUCACCUGCCGCGAAUAAUUUUAUUGACGAGGAACUAAAAUUGUUAAUGGAGCAAAACCAACAAUUGCCUGUUUGUGGGCCAUUCUUAGAAAAAAAUGAAAACGAUGAAAUGAAAAACCUCAAAAGAAGAUUAGCGCAUAACUUGUUUUCGGAAGUCAAAAUGGGAGGGUAUUUUUUUCCGAAAAAAUGUCGUUCGAACCAUAAAGUCGCAAUAUUAGUGCCUUACCGAAAUCGCGAAAGGAAUCUAGCGGUGUUCGUUUACUAUAUGCAUACAUUUCUGAUGAAACAAGAUCUGGAAUACAGGAUAUUUGUUAUUGAACAAGCUGGUGGUGAGUUAUUCAACAGAGGGAAGCUGUUUAAUAUCGGAUUUACAGAGAUGAUGAAAUAUAAUGACUGGCAUUGCGUGGUGCUGCACGACGUGGACAUCUUGCCUCUUAAUAAAGGCAUUCUUUACACGUGUCCGCCAUACCCGCGGCAUAUGGUCGGCACUGUUUUUGAGAAGUCUAAUCUUACUUAUGGUCAAUACCGUAAUUUUUUCGGUGGAGCAUCGGUUUUGUCUGUGCAGCAUUAUAAGCAAAUAAACGGCUACUCGAAUCUGUACUGGGGAUGGGGCGGCGAGGACAACGAUAUGUACUGGAGAAUUCUCUCUGAAAAACUGCAAAUAGUUAGCUACAGCAAGAAUUUGGCGCGGUACACAUCUUUGCCACGUCCUGAAUCGCCCAGGAAUAUUUACAGAUUUCAACUAUUAAAAUUUGCUGUGGCGCGGCUAAAGACAGACGGUCUCUCAAACCUGGUGUAUAAAGUGAUUUGGACAAAGCAUCGCCAUCUCUACACUCAUAUUCUGGCUGAUGUGAACCCUUUGAAGGAAAACAUUAUGGAUGUGUACCGAAAAAUGUUUAAUUAAAUAAAUUUAAUAACACAAUAUAAACUCACGUAAUAGGCCAAUGAAACAGGCGCCUAAAUCAUUUUAUCAAAGUAUUUUAUCGUGAAAAUCGGAAACUUCUUAGGAUUACUAUAUUAAUCAAAAGAGUCAUAAAUGAUUAAUUUUACACGUAAAUCUAAAUAUAAAUAUAUGACAAAAGUUGUUUUUUGUUUUAUUAA